GUUGAAGCCUUGACAGAUAGAACCACUACAAAAGAAAUUAAAAAACCCACACUGGCUUCACAUGUACAUCACAUUGAUACAUUAUUCCAAAUUAACUAUUCAUUUCUCCUACCUUUUGUCUGCUUCCAAAUAGUUUUUGCAUAUAAAAAGAAGCUAAAGGAAUGUUCAUGUAACACAACACAAUUUGAAAUAUGAACCUCUCAACAAUUCGAACAAUGGCUGCUCUUUCCCCUAGGUCUCAUUCUCAUAGUCCUUAUCGUACCCGUUGUGUUAGCUUUCCUGCUAGAUCACAUCCUAGCACUAUCAAGAUUGAGCAAGUUCUUAACAAGAUUAAAACUUGGGAAUCAUCUUCUCCUUUAUCUCCAAAAGCAGUAGAAAAAACCGACAAUGCUUUAUCUGGGCUUGUAGAAUUAUACGAGUGCAUAGAGGAACUUCUUGCUCUACCAAUGACUCAGAGGGCACUUCUUCAGCAUCAAGAUGACAAUUUUGUGAAGGAGUUGUUGGAAAGAUCUGUUAGAUUCAUAGAUAUUUGCAGCAACACAAGGGAUGCCGUUAUGUGUUUGAAGGAAAGCAUAAGAGAACUUCAAUCUGCGCUUAGGAGAAGCAAAGCAGGGGAUGAUUUUUUGACCAUUGAGGGAAGUGUUACUGCUUAUAUUUCUUCAAGAAAAAACACUCAGAAGGAAAUUGAAAAGUCUCUUACUAUGUUGAAACAAAUAGAUAACACCCCAUCAGCAACUAACACAGAAUCUCAGCUUUCUGCCAUAAUAAGGGUCCUUGAAGAUGCGAGUUUCACAACCAUUUCUACUUUUCAGUCAUUGCUAAUGUUUCUUUCUGUGCCAGCCUCAAAACCAAAGUCCAAUAAAUGGUCAUUGGUUUCAAAGAUUGUGCACAAAGGGGUGUUAGGCAGUGAAGGGCAGAGGGAAAAACUGACUGAGCUGGAGAAAGUGGACACUGCACUUAACAACUUGCUGGACCAUGCUUCUGGUUCGGGGCAUGAAGAGGAAGUGGAAAGUUUUGAAUUUGCACAAAGAAAUCUGGAGAAUUUGGAGGGUAGCAUUGAGGAUCUUGAAAAUGGAUUGGAAAUGUUGUUUAGGCUUUUGAUUCGUACAAGGGUGUCUCUACUCAACAUACUUUCUCUCAGUAGAUAAAAAGAUAGUGGCAAAAAGUCUCAUGCGUCGCAGUUCAAGUUUUUUUGAGGAUCUUGAAAAUGGAUUGGAAAUGUUGUUUAGGCUUUUGAUUCGUACAAGGGUGUCUCUACUCAACAUACUUUCUCUCAGUAGAUAAAAAGAUAGUGGCAAAAAGUCUCAUACGUCGCAGUUCAAGUUUUUUUAAUGAUUGAAUCUGUGAUAUAGAGUCACUUCUAGUCAUUGAGUCAUGUAAAUGAACAUAUUGUGUAUAGUAUUAGCAGCUAAAGGGAAGAGAAUUAGGAAACAUGGACUAAAGUUUUCCAAUUUCCUAAUCCUCUUUUCUCCUUAUGUCGUAGGCUCGUAGCUCUGUCUGCUUUUUGUGUUAUUCCAAUUUCUACAGAUUAGUGCCAAAAUUUUGUAGAGGUGCU